GAGUUCCUUUUCGUGCGGUGGUAUGAGUCCGUACAAGACCAUGCAUGGGAAAUGCAUACUUUGUGCCAUAUUUGUUUCCUGCCUCUAGUGAAUUCAGACGUGUUUGGCUCCGUAGACCCGGGUGCUGUACUGAAGGCAUGUCACAUCAUUCCAGCUUUCUCUCAGGGCCAGUGUAACUCGAAUGAUGGAAUUUCUCUCAUAGCAGGAGAUAAACACGAUUGGCAAGAGUACUACAUUAAUAGGUGA